AUGAAGAUCUGUGUCACUGCUGAUGAUGAAGGUCAGUGUCACUCAGCUAAUGAUGAAGGUCAGUGUCACAGUGUCACUCAGCUGACGGAGCAGGUCAGUGUCACUCAGCUGAUGAUGAAGGGUCACUCAGCUGAUGAUGAAAGUCAGUGUCACUCAGCUGAUGGAGCAGGUCAUUUUCACUCAGCUGAUGAUGAAGGUCAGUGUCACUCGGCUGAUUAUGAAGGUCAGUGUCGAUCAGCUGAUGAUGAAUGUCAGUGUCACUCAACUGAAGAUGAAGGUCAGUGUCACUCGGCUGAUUAUGAAGGUCAGUGUCGAUCAGCUGAUGAUGAAUGUCAGUGUCACUUAGCUGAUGAUGAAAGUCAGUGUCACUCAGCUGAUGGAGCAGAUCAGUGUCACUCAGCUAAUGAUGAAGGUCAGUGUCACUCGGCUGAUGAUGAAGGUCAGUGUCACUCAGCUGAUGGAGCAGGUCAGGGUCACUCAGCUGAUUAUGAAGGUCAUUGUCACUCAGCUGAUUGA